ACUGUGUAAAUUUGAGUAGGAUUGUGAAAAACUAGUGAAAAAUUUAAUAAAGUAUUAAGUAGAGUGAUUUUUUUUACUGAAAACAGUUGUAAACACACUGGUACAACUUAUUCAUCAAUUUUUGUGCCGUAAGAAAUGUAGUAAGUCGUCCAGCAGACAAAUUCAAUAUUCAUUGUUCAACUUAACCUCAAAGUGUAUGUAUGAGACACUCCAUGAGACUUGCUACUACGACACCCCAUCGAGCAAACGAUGCACCGCUAGUUGGAAAAUAGCAAACAUUUAACCGGAGGAGCUAAUAGUUGCUAAAUAAUAACGGAUAUUUGCUAAAGAGCCUGGGUAGUAUAAAAAACCUUUAAAAUGUCGACUGGAGCACUGGUGCAACAAUUCGUUGCUGGCCUAAAGUCGCGAAAUCGCAAUGUGCAAAGCAAAGCAGCUCAAGAUUUAUUUCUGUAUGUGAAGACGGAGCUACGGGAAAUGUCGCAAGAGGACUUAGUGGCUUUCUUCGACGAUUUUAACCACCAAAUAUUCAGCAUGGUAAAUUCUGCUGACAUUAAUGACAAGAAAGGCGCUGUCUUAGCCAUAAAAUGCCUAAUCAGUGGCGAUGUAGUGAAUACAAUGAUACGUAUUUCACCAUAUUACAACCAUUUGCGCACGCUGCUACCUUCUAAUGAUACCACUGUAAUGGAGAUAGCUGCUCGUACGUUGGUGAAAUUGGCUAAUUUGCCCGGAUCGAAGGGGGCAGAAUCAAUUGAUUUUGAUAUAAAACGCGCAUUCGAGAUGUUAAGUGGUGAUCGGCAAGAGUACCGCCGACACGCCUCUGUUUUUAUUCUCCGCGAAUUGGCUAUAGCCAUGCCUACAUACUUUUAUCAACAGAUUUCUACAUUUUUCGAUCAUAUUUUUAAUGCUAUUUUCGACCCAAAAGCUGCUAUACGCGAUUCGGCAGGCGAGGCUUUACGUGCCGCACUUAUAGUAACAUCUCAACGCGAAAGCACUAAGCAAUCAAGUGAACCACAGUGGUAUAAAACAUGUUACCAAGAAGCAAGCGCGAGCUUCGUAGCAGAACCAGCUGGAACAAAAGAUCAAAAAGGAAUGACACGCGAAGAUCGAAUUCAUGGUGGUCUUAUAAUACUGAACGAACUUUUCCGUUGUUCACAUGCCACUUGGGAGCGCCGUUACGCUGCAUUGAAAGCACUGCUUCCUGACGCACAACAUAACAAAUUCGGUGAAGUCAUACACUCCACCUCUGUUGGUAGUCAACUAACCACAUUAGUGCCUCGCUUGAAAGCACCAUUUAUAAGUAAACUAGGUUCGACGCACAUGCAUUUAGAACAUGAUGGGCAACAUGGUGGAACGCACAAGUUUUCGUCGGUAACAGUGCUGGAGUCCGCCUAUUCGCGCGAGAUACUCACAGAAAACUACAUAAACAUUUGCGAUAAUGUGCUCGAGCAGCGCACUUCAAAAUCACCAUAUGUUCAGCAAGCGCUCCUACAAAUACUUCCCCGCCUAGCCGCAUUCAAUCGUGAAGUAUUCGUGCAACGCUAUUUACAAGAAUGCGUUGACCAUUUGCUCAGUAUUGUACCACGUAAAGAGAAGGAUCGAAAUAUUGCAUAUGUCACAAUUGGUUACAUAGCUGUAGCCGUCGAGCGUGACAUUGACAAGCAUUUAAGAGCAAUAAUGUGCGCCAUAAAAAUAGCACUACCGCCGAAGAUCGCACCUAGUAAACGUAAAGCAGGAAUUGACCCAGCUAUUUUUCAUUGCAUUACGUUGCUUGCCAAUGCUGUAAAAUCUGGCAUCACCGAAGAUGUACGCAAUAUCCUCGAGCAAAUGUUCUUUAGUGGCCUUUCGCCUGCACUGACGGUUUGUUUGCGUGAACUUGCAGAAAAUGUGCCACAUCUGAAGUCUGCUAUUGCAGAAGGUCUCAUACGUGUGCUGUCGCAAGUACUAAUGAAUAAACCGUUAUCCAUGCCCUAUCAAACACUGGCCACCAUACCAUUAGAUGCAUCGAUGAACUUGCAACACGAUGUACCUACCGUCGUACUUGCACUAAAAACGCUUGGCAGCUUUAAUUUCGAGGAACAAAAUAUGCUCGAUUUUGUACAACGUUGUGCUGAUCAUUUCAUUCAUCAUGAACAACAAGAAAUACGCUUGGAAGCGGUGCAAACAUGCACACGAUUACUAAAACUUGCCGUACAAUCGGCUGACAGUUCAGAGAGUUCCAAUACACUUAGCGAAACUGUAUCACAUGUCAUUGAACGUUUAUUAAUUGUUGCCAUUACCGAUAUGGAUUGUAAUGUGCGCAUACGUAUACUGCGUUCAUUGGAUGAAACCUUUGAUGCCGAGUUGGCGCAACCCGAGUCGUUAAGUGCGCUCUUUAUUACUUUAAAUGAUGAAAUUUUUGAAAUACGCGAACUGGCUAUGGUGACAGUGGGGCGAUUGUCCGCUAUGAAUCCGGCCUAUGUAAUGCCUAAACUACGUAAAAUAAUGAUACAACUCCUGACUGAACUGGAACAUUCGGGCAUGAGUCGUAAUAAGGAGCAGAGUGCAAGGAUGUUGGAUCACUUGAUUAUCAGUACACCCAGAUUGAUUUCAUCUUACAUGCAUCCAAUACUUACCAUUCUUGUGCCAAAAUUACGCGAAGCCGACCCGAACCCCGGAGUUAUAUUGAAUGUAUUGCGCGCGAUUGGUGACUUGGCUGAAGUGAAUGGCGGUUCCAACGAGAUGGAAUUGUGGGCUGACGAUUUACUUUCCAUUCUCCUCGAAAUGCUUGGGGAUGCUGGCAGUCCGGAGAAACGUGGAGUUGCGCUAUGGACACUGGGACAAUUGAUUAGCGCUACUGGUCGUGUAGUCACACCCUAUCACAAGUAUCCGGGACUUAUUGAUAUACUUAUAAAUUUUUUGAAAACUGAGCAACGUCGAUCCAUACGUCGUGAGACAAUACGAGUACUGGGUCUGUUGGGAGCCAUGGAUCCUUACAAGCACAAAAUGAAUAAAGGGCUAAUCGAUAGUCAGAAAGAGAGUGUGCUCAUAUCGUUGAGUGACUUCAAAGUGGAUGAGAAUCAGGAUAUUUCGACUGCGGAGCUACUUGUGAAUAUGAGUAAUGUCCUUGAUGAAUACUAUCCGGCUGUGGCGAUUGCAGCACUAAUGCGCAUUUUGCGUGAUCCCACACUCAGCAGCCGUCAUACCAGCGUGGUGCAGGCAAUAACAUUGAUAUUCAAAAGUUUGGCGAUUAAAUGUGUGCCCUAUCUGGCGCAAGUGUUGCCCAGUUUGCUGGAGAACGUUCGCACGGCUGAUAUUAAUUUGCGCGAAUUCCUCUUCCAGCAGUUAGCCAUAUUGGUACAGAUCGUUAAGCAACACAUUAUAAGCUACAUGAGUGAUAUUUUUAAGUUAAUUAAAGAGUUUUGGACUGUCUACACGCCUCUGCAGUUAACCUUAAUCAACUUGAUUGAGCAAAUUGCAUUGGCUCUGGGCUGUGAAUUUCGUAAUUAUCUGUCACAAUUGAUACCACAAAUUUUGCGUGUGCUGCAGCAUGACACUUCCAAGGAUCGCAUGGUAACAAAGCGGUUGCUGCAAGCUUUACAAAAGUUCGGCAACACGUUGGAUGACUAUCUGCACUUGAUUGUGCCGCCAAUUGUAAAGUUGUUCGACGCGCCGUAUGUGCCGCAACAAGUUUCACUCGUGGCUCUAGAAACCAUCGACCAUCUCGCAUGGAUACUUGACUUUACUGAUUUCUCUUCGCGCAUUAUACAUCCAUUAGUGCGUGUGCUUGAAGCAGAGCCAGAGUUGCGCGAACAAGCCAUGUCCACCCUCUGUUCGGUAGUCAUACAGCUGGGUAAGAAAUACCUCGUUUUUGUACCACUUGUUGAACGCACCAUCGCAAAGCAUCGCAUUGUCGACUCGAAAUACGAGAAACUAUUGACGAAAAUCCAAAGUAAUACCACAAUGUGCCUGGACGAUGAGUUCCACAUGCGACAGGCUAAAUUUAAAUCACCCGAACUACUAGCGCCUAAUAGUGGCGGCAAUUUCGCCAUGAAGCGACUUAUUGUUUCCACAAGCAGUUUACGCGCUGCCUGGCAGGUGACACGUCGUGUGUCCAAAGACGAUUGGGUCGAGUGGCUAAAGCGAUUAUCAAUCGGUUUAUUGAAGGAAUCACGUUCACAAGCGUUGCGCGCUUGCCACGCACUCGCACAAGACUAUGACAAGCUGCUACGCGACCUGUUCAAUGCGGCCUUUAUUUCUUGUUGGACAGAGCUUUCACCUGAUCACAAACACGAGCUUACGCAAUCAUUAAUACAAGCAUUGCAAGUGACUGAUAUGCCGGAGAUCACUCAAACAAUCUUGAAUUUAGCCGAAUUCAUGGAGCACUGUGAUAAGGACCCUAUACCAAUUGAAACCAAGUUGUUGGGUACGCGUGCCAUGGCUUGCCGAGCAUAUGCGAAGGCUCUGCGCUACAAAGAAGAAGAAUUUCAAACUCACAAAGAUCCACAGGUGCUCGAAUCGCUUAUUCUCAUCAAUAAUAAGCUGCAGCAAAAGGAGGCCGCUGAGGGUCUACUCACUACCUACCGCAAUGCCAGUAAUGAGUUCAAAGUACAAGGUCGUUGGUACGAGAAGCUGCACAAUUGGGAGCAGGCCUUAAAGCACUAUUCCGGUAAUCUAAAAGACAACUGUAAUGACCUGGAAGCGCGCUUAGGUCACAUGCGUUGUCUGGAAGCGUUAGGUGAGUGGUCGGAGCUAAGCACUGUGGCGAAACAAGAAUGGGACAAUCUGGGGCGUGAGGCCAGAUCGCGUGCUGGCCCUCUAGCCGCUGUCGCCGCAUGGGGCCUACAAGAUUGGGAGGCCAUGCAGGAGUAUGUGCGCUGUAUCCCGGAGGAGACACAAGAUGGCAGCUUUUAUCGUGCAGUUCUCGCCGUACACAAUGAAGACUUUGAGACUGCGCAACGCCUAAUUGACGGCACACGUGAUCUGUUGGACACCGAACUCACUUCAAUGGCUGGCGAGUCAUACGAACGUGCCUAUGGCGCUAUGGUUUGUGUGCAAAUGUUGGCCGAAUUGGAAGAGGUUAUACAAUACAAGCUGAUACCCGAGCGGCGUGAACCAUUGAAGAGCAUGUGGUGGAAGCGUUUGCAGGGCGGUCAGCGGUUGGUCGAGGAUUGGCGACGCAUCAUACAGGUGCACUCAUUGGUUGUGCGUCCGCAAGAGGAUGUGCACACUUGGUUGAAAUACGCCAGUCUAUGUCGCAAAUCUGGUUCGCUGCAUUUGUCGCACAAGACACUGGUGAUGCUACUGGGUACAGAUCCAUCAACACAACCUAACGAACCAUUGUCUUAUAAUCAACCACAGGUUACUUAUGCCUACACCAAGCACAUGGCUGCUGCUGAGAAUAUGCAAGGUGCCUACGAACAGCUUAGCCGUUUUGUCAACGCAUAUCGCGCACAAUUGAAUUGUAUUGGACCAGAGGAAGCAGCCAAGCAGGCGGAUCACCGUUUGUUGGCGCGUUGCUAUUUGCGGCUCGGCAAGUGGCAGAAUAAGUUGCAGAGCUCACUCGAACCAGAAAUGGUGCAGGGUGCUUUGGAUUGUUUCGAGAAAGCGACUGAAAACGAUCCCAACUGUUACAAGGCGUGGCAUCUAUGGGCGUAUAUGAACUUUAAAGUGGUGCAGGCGCAAAAACAGCAGCUAGAUAAAUUAUCGCAUACGACAAUGAACGGCGACGUUUUAAUGCAAAAAGAGAAGCUCAUGAUCGAGCAAUACGCCGUGCAGGCGGUAGAUGGCUUCUUCCGAUCGAUCAGCCUUAUUAAAGGUAACUCGUUGCAAGACACUCUACGUCUUCUCACACUGUGGUUUGAUUAUGGGCAAUAUUCGGAGGUCUACGAUGCACUUCUGACUGGAAUGAAAUCGAUCGAAAUCAAUACUUGGCUGCAGGUGAUACCUCAGCUAAUUGCGCGCAUCGACACACACCGAAAACUGGUGAACCAACUGAUACAUCAUUUGCUCAUCGAUAUUGGCAAAUAUCAUCCACAGGCGCUCGUCUACCCGCUAACUGUAGCUUCCAAAUCGGCAUCGGUGGCGCGCAAAAAUGCUGCCUUCAAAAUACUUGAUUCGAUGCGCAAACAUAAACCUACACUAGUCGAGCAGGCAAUGAUGUGCAGCGAAGAGUUGAUACGCGUUGCCAUACUUUGGCACGAGCAAUGGCAUGAGGGUCUGGAGGAGGCGUCGCGACUUUACUUCGGUGAUCGCAAUGUGAAUGGCAUGUUUGAUAUCCUAGAGCCGUUGCAUGCGCUGCUCGAACGUGGACCACAGACGCUGAAAGAGACGUCGUUCUCGCAAGCCUAUGGUCGUGAAUUAACCGAAGCUUACGAGUGGACUCAACGCUAUAAAACCUCAUCCGCGCUAAUGGAUUUGGAUCACGCCUGGGACAUAUAUUACCAUGUUUUCCAAAAGAUAUCUCGUCAAUUGCCACAACUGACCUCACUUGAACUGCCCUACGUCUCGCCCAAAUUGCUGGCGUGCAAAAAUUUGGAAUUGGCCGUUCCCGGCUCCUACAAUCCCAACCAGGAAUUGAUACGCAUCGACUACAUCAAAACUAAUCUCCAAGUAAUCACUUCGAAACAGCGUCCACGCAAGCUCUGUUUACGUGGUUCAAACGGUAAAGAUUAUAUGUAUCUCUUGAAGGGGCACGAAGAUUUGCGUCAAGAUGAGCGUGUUAUGCAACUGUUCUCGCUCGUAAAUACGCUGCUACUGGACGAUCCAGACACCUUCCGCCGUAACUUGGCUAUACAGCGCUAUGCCGUCAUACCGCUGAGCACAAAUUCAGGCCUCAUCGGCUGGGUGCCACAUUGCGACACGUUGCAUACGCUAAUACGCGACUUUCGUGACAAGAGAAAUAUGCCGCUCAAUCAAGAGCACCGUCUCAUGUUGAGUGUCUCACCCGACUAUGAUCACCUAACACUGAUGCAAAAGGUCGAAGUAUUCGAAUGCGCACUAGCGCAAACGCAUGGCGAUGAUCUCGCCAAAUUGCUGUGGUUAAAAUCACCAUCGUCGGAAGUAUGGUUCGAACGUCGCACGAAUUAUACACGCUCGCUCGCCGUCAUGUCUAUGGUGGGGUACAUACUCGGCUUGGGAGAUCGACAUCCCUCCAAUCUGAUGUUAGAUCGUAUGAGUGGCAAAAUACUACAUAUUGAUUUCGGUGAUUGCUUUGAGGUAGCAAUGACGCGUGAAAAAUUCCCCGAAAAGAUACCCUUCCGCCUCACGCGUAUGCUGAUCAAGGCAAUGGAAGUGACUGGUAUUGAGGGUACAUAUCGACGCACUUGCGAGAGUGUCAUGUUAGUGUUGCGUCGCAACAAGGAUUCGCUCAUGGCUGUACUAGAGGCCUUCGUCUACGAUCCGCUGCUCAAUUGGCGUUUACUCGACAUGGAUAAAAAUCAUCGUUCCAAGUCAAAUAACGAUCCAGGUGGCUCAGGCAUUUUGGGUGGCGGCAAUGGCAGUCUCAGCAACUCCGUCGAAGAACCGUUACUACACAGCCAACUAAUGAGUGUCAAUCUGAUGGUAGGCGGUCCAAUGAUGGUAGCCGACAUAACGAACAGCAAGGCAAGCAAAGUUAUCAAGCGUGUGAAAAGCAAAUUAAAUGGCACAGACUUCCAAACGCAGAAUAGUGUGGCAGUGCCACAGCAAGUAGAUCUGCUCAUACAACAGGCGACUAAUAAUGAGAACCUAUGCCAGUGCUACAUUGGUUGGUGUCCAUUCUGGUAAGAAAUGCAAGUACUACAAUAAAAUUUGAAGGGAGAGGGAGAAAAAGUAUGUGAAAUUUUAAAAAUAGUCACAACUACACUGAAGUGAAUUUUAAUUAAGUGAAUAUAGUUUAAUGAAACUGACCUUUAUUGGAAAAUGUUGUUAUGUUGCAGCGAUAAAUUUUGGUUUGGAAAGGAGAAGCUGAUUAACCGUCGUUCAAAAUAUUACAAUAAUUAAAGUCGCUUAACUUGUUAGAGUAUCUUAUUUCUAGUAAAUUUUUGUUAUUUCUUUUUUUAUAAACCUUUAUUGCCCAACUUUUUGAAAGAGGUUUAAAAAAACUUAAGAGCUUAUUGCAUAUCCAGAUCAUUCAAGUAGGCGUGGCAGUAUGAGCAAUGUUUUGACUUUUGCGAGAAAUCUUUGCACAAUUAAGUCACAAAAAAGUCUGAUAACCUGAAUACAGUAAAUCAAGCUUUUUCGGCCAGCACGCAUCUUUUGCAAUCGAACAAAUACACAACUUCAUUGUGCUCUUGAUCCAAAUGACUAGCCCAUAAGUGGAUGUCUCUUAUAACCGCACAAAACUAAAGGAACCAAUAAUUUCCGCCUAUUGGAGCGUUUACUGUAAAUAUUAAUUAAAAUUUCCUGAGCAAAAACAUUCGAAAAAAUGCAUAUGGACCAAACGGAAUAAAAUUAGAACAAUAACUAAAAAAUAUUAAAUUUGUAGAAAUGUUUAACCUCUCGGAAGAGUAUUUAAGGGAGUUGUCCUUACCUGGAAGUCGAUGUCUGAUCAGAUGGACAGAGGUAGACUCGCCAUUUAACAGUUUUUCCAACUUAUCGCCUGUAUCUUGUACGUAAAGGUUCCAAUUCUCGAUAGCAGAUCAGCUACGAGAUUGUCAGCGCCGCGGAUGUAUCUAAUAUCUGUUGAGAAUUGGUUGAUGCAAUUUACCUGGCGAGGUUGUGUGUUAAGCAUGUGUUAACGGCUUGUAAUCAGUAAAUAUUGUAAAACUCGCUCCCUCUACAAAGUAAUGAAGUGUCGAAGGACUUAGAAAAUUGCCAAAGCUCUCGGUCAUACGCACUGUAUCUAUGUUCGAUUGGACUAAAUUUCUGCGUGUAACAAUCUAAAAGCUUCCAGCUCUUUGUAACCCAUUGCUGAAGCACUGCGCCAGCGGCGAUGUCCGAAGCAUCUGAUAUUAAUGCAUCUGACUGGAAGUACCGUCUCCGCUGAUAAUUUUUUUAAAUUUGUCCAAGCGAUCACUAUUUUAUCAAGCUUUUUGUAGGAGCCCAUCAGCUUUUUCAGUGGAAUUUCGGUAGCAGCGGAGAGAGACAAAAACCGAAAAUCUUCUUAAAUAGUGAUUUUUUCAGUUUUUUUUAAUUCACGUACGCCCUUUACUUUCCGUAGCAACGUCUUGAUACCUUUAUCCGAUACGAGACGGUCCAAAAAUUCCACUUCACCUUGACCUAGUUGGCAUUUUUCGACAUUGCUUACCGAGCCUCGCUCACGGUAGCAAUCAAACAGCUGCUCUUUGCAUGCUCUUCCGGAGUCGUGUUAGCGACGAGUACAUCGUCGAGGUAAGAAAAACAAACGCUGGAAAGCUUGCGCGACGUUCCUAAGACCAUAUAUCAUAUGCUUAAAUAAACCAAACGGUAAUAUAGAAGUUUUCGGAAUACCUGUUGGAUGCACCGGAAUUUGGUGUACUCUUUCGUGCAAUCAAUCGCAGAAAAGAUUUUCUUGCCCUACAAGUUUCCACAAAAGUCUUGAAUGUAUCAGACCACGUCUCCAAGUCCAGUUGGAUUUCUGUACCAAAUGUAAUGGACUGGCUCAUCGGACUUUCAAACGUAGGCAAAUACUCGAAUUCUUUUUUUAGCACACUCUAACUUCGUCGGCGAGAAACGGCGCACCUGUUGUACCACGGCUACACUUUUCAUCUCAAUAAAAUAUCGUACUUUGUGCAAGUCAUUGGUAAGAUCAGCAUAGAAAAUAUAUUAAAUUUUAUAAAAGUCGGCUGCCCCCGAGAUAAUACUGCGUAAUGGCUUUGUUAUUUGGCAAAUAGUUAGUUUGUUAUACGGUCGAUGAUCAAUUUAAUUUUUACAUCCACUAAAAUGUCGAAGUGUUGCAAAAAAUCAGCGCUCAGAAUAGGAUGUGCUACCUCUGCGAUUAUGAAUAACUAGGAAAAUGUAAAAACAAGUCCAUAAUGCGCUUCGGGUCCUAUUUGCAUGCCCCCGUGUCAAUGAGAAAUUUUCGGGAGAAUAGUUUAUCCCGAACGUAAAGGCGACUUAAACUGGUAGGCUCCGCGGUAGCUGCUCUAAACGGAGGGUUGACUAUUUUUAUAAAAGGGGUUUGCAAUAAGCACAUGACUGGCGGCAUCGUGUUGCAGUUUCACCAAAUAUGCGACGAUACCAACAGAAAGUUGCGCUUGUUGCUCGA